AUGUUUAACAAAAAUUGCUCACUGUCCCCAUUGAUGUGCAGCCAGUUGUUUUCUAUGUCAGGAUUAAGCUGGGGAGAGGGGGAUAUAGACCCACUGCUCAGUGGACUGUUCUUUGCUAACCGAAUGCGAACUGAAGGCUACGUCACAAUGCUCGACCCAUUUCAAAUCAAGUUUGGCGACAGAAUGGGAGGCCUACUGUUUAUCCCAGCCUUGCUGGGAGAGGUUUUCUGGACCUCGGCAGUUCUGGCAGCACUAGGUGCCACCCUAUCAGUUAUUAUGGAAAUGGAACCGCGGCCCGCCAUUAUCAUCUCCGCAGCGAUAGCGCUUUUCUACACAUUGAUUGGUGGCUUGUAUUCCGUAGCCUACACGGAUGUUGUUCAGCUCUUCUGCAUCUUCUUUGGUCUGUGGAUCAGUGUGCCCUUUGCCAUGACCCACGAAGCGGUACACGACUUUUCCAUCAACGCAACGGAAACAUGGCUUCGCCCUAUUCCCACAGCCGACCUGCCCGUGUACAUCGACAGCUUCCUAUUGCUCAUGUUCGGUGGAAUUCCCUGGCAGGUAUAUUUCCAACGAGUCUUGUCAUCGAAGUCUGCAUUCAAAGCUCAGAUUCUGUCCUACAUCGCCGCCAUUGGUUGCAUCGUCCUAGCGACACCCGCGGCUCUCUUGGGAAUUACAGCAGCGUCUGCAGAUUGGAACCAAACAGCAUGGCGAGGAAAAGUGCCUAUUCCGAAAGAGGACAUUCCAUUGAUUCUCCCCAUGACUCUCCAGUACCUGUGCCCACCAGUCAUCACAUUCCUGGGUCUAGGAGCUCUCUCGGCUGCUGUCAUGUCAUCGGCAGAUUCUUCCAUUUUGUCAGCUGCCUCCAUGUUUGCCAGAAAUAUCUACAGAUCACUCUUCAGACAAGUGGCAUCAGAGCGGGAGGUGGUGUGGGUAAUGCGUGUCGCCAUCUUCGGUGUAUCCGCUCUAGCCUUGGCUAUGGCACUGACCGUGGAGUCCAUCUACGUGCUCUGGAUCCUCUGUGCUGACCUGGUCUACGUCAUCCUCUUCCCCCAGCUCAUAGCCGUCAUCUACGUGAAAAAAUCAAACACCUACGGCUCUCUGGCCGGAUACAUCUUCGGCAUGUUUUUCAGAAUAGCUGGAGAGACCGGAACACAAGGCUUCCCAUACAAAACCUUAGCCAUGUUGGUCACGCUGUUCACUCUUGUGUCCACCUCACACUUGUCCCAUUUCCUCUUUAUGACAGGGAAAUUACCUCGCAGGUUUGAUGUAUUUAUGUGCAUAGAAAAUAGCGCAGAAGACGUGUUCGAUCACAGUCUAUCCAAAUCACACAUCCAUUGCAAGACUGCAGACUACUACAGCCUGGUGUAG